AUGGGUCAGGACCAGACAAAGCAACAGAUAGAAAAAGGACUCCAUCUUUACCAGUCUAAUCAGACCGAAAAGGCACUGCAAGUCUGGAUGAGGGUUUUGGAGAAGUCUGCGGAUCCUGCUGGCAGGUUUCGGGUUUUGGGUUGCCUCAUCACUGCUCAUGCAGAGAUGGGCAGAUACAAAGAUAUGCUGAAGUUUGCAGUGGUACAGAUUGACACAGCACGGGAGCUGGAAGACCCAGAUUACCUUACAGAGGGCUACCUAAACCUGGCUCGCAGCAAUGAGAAACUCUGUGAAUUCCAGAAAACAAUAUCUUACUGUAAGACAUGCUUGAACAUGCAGGGUACCACUGUGAGCCUGCAGCUGAAUGGCCAGGUGAGCCUCAGCAUGGGCAAUGCAUUCCUGGGCCUCAGUGUUUUCCAGAAGGCUUUGGAGUGCUUUGAGAAAGCUUUACGCUAUGCACACAACAACGAUGACAAGAUGCUGGAGUGUCGAGUCUGCUGUAGCCUCGGGAACUUCUAUGCCCAGAUAAAGGACUAUGAGAAAGCUUUAUUCUUCCCAUGUAAAGCAGCGGAGCUGGUGAAUGAUUACGGGACAGGCUGGAGCUUGAAGUACCGUGCAAUGAGCCAGUACCACAUGGCAGUGGCCUAUCGGAAGCUGGGGCGCUUGGCAGAUGCCAUGGACUGCUGUGAGGAGUCCAUGAAGAUUGCCCUUCAGCAUGGUGACCGGCCUCUGCAAGCGCUGUGUCUGCUGUGCUUUGCUGAUAUCCAUCUCAGUCGCAAAGAUGUGCAGACAGCCUUUCCUCGGUAUGAUUCUGCCAUGAGCAUCAUGACAGAGAUUGGAAACCGCCUGGGACAGAUCCAGGUGCUGCUAGGAGUGGCUAAGUGCUGGAUGAUCCAGAAGGAGCUGGACAAGGCUCUGGAAAGCAUUGAAAAGGCACAGGAGCUGGCAGAGGGACUAGGGAACAAGCUUGGCCUGCUGAAGCUCCACUGCCUGUGUGAAAGGAUCUAUCGCACAAAGGGGCAGCAGCGAGAAUUGCGUGACCAUGUAGUGAAGUUCCAUGAAUGUGUGGAGGAGAUGGAGCUGUACUGUGGCAUGUGCGGAGAGUCAAUUGGGGAGAAGAACAACCAGCUCCAGGCCCUGCCUUGCUCCCACUUCUUCCACUUGAAGUGCCUGCAGACCAACGGGACCCGCGGCUGCCCCAACUGCCGCCGCCUCUCGGUGAAGCCGGGCUACGUCUGA